UCACAGCAACCCAAAACACAGUACUAUAGUAGAAAACUUCAGCAAUUGAACGUUCAAACUCCACAACUAACAAAGAUAUCGAAAGUGCGAUUCGCAUGACCAACAUUCGAAGAGCAACCUAUCGCUUUCUCCCUGCCAUGGACACAGAUUCUUUCUCCGAUUCCAACUUCGAAUUCCAGGAAUCCGAUCUCUACAACUCCGCUCGCGCUAACUCUCCCGAAUUUCGCAAAUCCGUACGCGCCUCCAGAUUUCACAACUACUCUUCCUCCGGCGGCCGCGUCGGUACUCCGGUGUCGCUUCCGGUGAACGUGCCGGACUGGUCGAAGAUUCUCGGCGACGAGUUCGGACGGAACCAGAGGAGGAACUACGACGAAGCGCAGAGCGAUGAGGAAGAUGGAGAUGGGAGAGUGCCUCCGCACGAGUUUCUGGCGAAGACGGGAAUCGCUUCGUUCUCGGUGCACGAAGGAGUUGGAAGGACUCUCAAAGGACGCGAUCUCAGUAGGGUUCGAAACGCGAUUUGGGCUAAAACAGGAUUCCAGGACUAGACCCUUACCAUAGGAUCAUAACAUGAGUUAAUUACCGUACUAAUUUACUACUGUAUUACGAAUUGAAACGAGUUUUGUUGAGAGGUCAUUUUUAGAUUUUUCAUUUUACCACGGAGUUUUAUUUUUUGUUUCUUCGAUCAGCAUCUAUGUGUAUCAGAUCGGAAUUUGAGAUUUUAAUUUGUAUCGAGAGGUUUUUAUUUA